AUGCCCGCCAAAUCCCCCCAGCCGAAGCGACGUGCUUGGGGUAGCGUCCCCAACCUCCCGUGGCGCCGCCCCUAUGGCCAUCGCGUGGCAUCCUCCGACUUUGUCACGUCGGUGUCUGUGCGACAGGUCUCAGGGCGCGAAGUCGUCACCCCGCAGUCGUCGCCUCGGAAACGACCCCGCCUCGUCCGCAUUCCAUCGCUACAGGACCACGUCGCAGCCUUGCAACAGUGGAUUGCCGACGGGAUGAAGCCACUGGUGUCGUCGUGCUUCGGGCCGAGUGUCGUGGCGUUCGACCCAACGUCGACCAAGGUUGCCAUGUGGCAAACGGUUCUGGUCACGAUUGUGCUCUACGACGCGCUCAUGGUACCGCUGCUUGUGUGUUUUGACCAGCUGCACCAUGGCAUGUGCACGUUCAACGGCGUGUUGCGCUUGAUGGACGUCGCCGACGUCGCGUUCGUUGUGGACGUGUAUGUCCAGUUGUUCACAGGGUACUUUCACAACGGCGACUUGGUGGUCCGCCCGGCGUCCACAAGGCGGAGGUACAUACGAUCCAGGCAGUUUCCGCUAGACAUCCUUGCCCUGCUACCGCUGGCGUGGCUGCCCAUCGACGGCAGCACAUUGUGUGGUGCGCUGCGGGCCAACAAGCUGCUGCGGCUGCGGCGGCUGCCACAAUACACGAUUGCAUUUGACAAGGUGUUUGCCCGAUACUUUAAGUUUUGCAAAAUCGUCAAGGUCGUUGGGGCCUUGUGUGUGUUCUGCCAUGUCAUGGGGUGUCUGUACGUUUUGUUUGGCAUUGCCGACGACGACAACAAGUGGAAACUCGAAGCACAUGUGGCCCACGAACCGCUCGCGACGCAGUACGUGGCCGCCGUAUCAUGGGUCUUGGGCAUCGUCUCGCAUGUGGCCGAAGGCGUGAUCCCCCGCACGGUGUGGCAGACGCUGUUCAUGUACACGGUGCAACUGGGCGGGUUUCUCCUCUUUGUGUACAUUUGCGGCACGUUGUUUAUGAUUUCCAAGUGCGACGCCAACAACCGAGAGCAGUUUGACGCCAAGCUCAACCAACUGCGCUACGUGCUGUCGUUUCACCGGGUCCCUACCGAGAUUCAAGACCAAGCGAUCGAAUUCUUGGAGCAUGGGUUUAUCAGUGGCGAGAGCCAGGACCGGAGCAACAUGCAGCUCUUGUGUCCAUCCAUUUCCAAAGAAGUCAAGUACACCUUGCUCAAGGAUACCGUCACCGCCGUGCCGUUCUUUAAAUCGUGUAGCGCCGCAUUUAUCCGAGCGAUCAUCGACGUGAUGGAAACGCGGUCGUUGCCGACCAACUUUUUCGUGUGUCGUACGGGCGACCACGGCGAAGACAUGUACUUUGUGCAAUCGGGGGUUCUGGCUGUGCUCAUUGACAACGUCAAGGUGCGAGAGUUGCGCAAAGGGGGGUUCUUUGGUGAGCUGUCGCUCUUUACCAACCAAGUCCGCACGGCCGACGUCGCCACCGCAACCUUUUGCAUCUUGCACCGAUUGUCCCGCGUGCACAUCACACGUGUGUUGAAUGCGUACCCCGAAGCUGAAGGGCCGAUUUUGGAGAGCGUGGAGAAAAUCUCCGAAGAGUUAGAGUCCAAGAUGCCCAAGGGGGGAGAGAUGGCGAGGCGUGGCAGUUUGCAGUACUCGGAUACGGCGCUCCGAAACAGCACCAGCAACAUGCGUUCCACCAAGCUACUUCUGUCACCCAUGGCCGAUGGCCGAAUGAUUGGGUCCGGGAUUGACCGCAAGACAAUUUCCGUCAUCGCAGGGGCCCUUCGGAGCAGCACGCAAGCCGAGCCGCUGUGGACUCGCGCGCUGUUGGCCAAGCCGUUGGACCGCCGGAAACGGCUGCGAUGUGUGUGGAUUCUUGCAGUGAUGAUGGUGACGAUCUACAACAUGUUCACGGUGCCGUUGGUGUGUGCGUUUGAGCUCAUGGGGUACUCUAUGUCCGUGCUCCUCCUCAACACCGUCGCGGACAUCGUGCUAUGGAUGGACAUGUACGGGAAGUUGAAUUUGUCGUACGUGAUGGAAGCCGAGCACAUCCUCGAGUCCAAAGAGUGUGCGCUCCACUAUCUUCGCACGGACUUUGCCUACGACUUGGCUUGUACCUUUCCGUGGUGGGUAUUUCACCCCCCGUCGCAUGAAUCGUUGCGGUUUGUCCGACUCUUCCGUGUGCUCAACUUUCUGGCCGAGUUUGAAGAAGUCUCGACGUUUGUCCGGAUUAACAGUCACCACCGCAUUGCCGUCUUGGGCAUGGGUCUGCUCCUGUCGUACCACAUUGCUGGCUGCUUGGCCCAUACAUAUACCCGAGACGCGGGGUUCGCCGACAUGGAAUUCGGCUGGCUGCCCCCCAAGUCGAUCGAGUUGAAGCCCAUCGUGAAUGCCAUCACGGGCGACGUCGACGGGUACAAGUAUUCAAACGGCACAGUUAUCCCCCCCACUUCCCCCGACGUGAAUCGUUUCCUAUUGCUGCAAUACGCUCGGGCUGUGCAAUAUGGCGCCGUGUGCAUUACGAAUCUAGGGCGCACGUACGAACCUGUGACGUUUGCCGAGUACAGUUUGGCGUUUUCGCUCAUGUUGAUUGGCAUGUUGCUGGUGUCGCUCAUCAUUGACGAAGUCCAGAAGCGAGUGACGGCGUCCGCCGUGGAGCAAAUGGAGUUUCUGUCCACGAGGUCCCGCAUUUUGCACUUUCUCAAGCGGCAAAAGGCGCCCGCGGAACUCCACCGCCGCGUCUUGGCGUAUCUCGACUUUUCGUGGAGUGCUCACCGAGGCGCCGACAUCAACGGCCUCGUGUCUGAGCUGCCGAAUACAAUGCAGCGCGACAUUUACGGGUACAUUUGUGGUCCGAUUUUGGAAAUGAUUGCACGCUUGGACCACGUCAGCGACGUGUACGAACCAUUGAUUACGACCUUUCUUGAUCACGUGAAGAUUCAACUGUACGGCCAAGACGAAAUGAUAUAUCGCGUUGGGGACAUUGGAGAUGCAAUGUACAUGCUGUUGCAAGGCAACGUCGCCACGUAUGUCGAAGCGUACAGUCAACUACGCGAGCUCAACCAAGGGGACUUGUUUGGGCUCGCGAGUUUGAACUUUUCCGUCGAGUACACGGCACACACGGACAACGCGACCGCGCGUAGUGCAUGCGUUGUGGCGAUAAUAUCGAGGAAAACGGUGGCGUUGCUCAACCAAAUCUACCCGCGAUUUGCGGACGGUGUGAAGAAGCGCAGCCAGCGAAUGGGACGCCAGGCCACGAUGCACGCCAAGGCGAUGGCGGACAAGAAGGCGGUCGUUCCGCAAGCCAUCAACCCCGACUCGAACACGUCUGUGCUGUGGGAGACGUUUCUCUUCUUUGGCAUUGCGUACCAAGUGAUCACGGUGCCGUUUUAUAUGGCGUUUGGGUUUGCCCAACGCCACGUCGCAGGCGCCGAUGUGUUCUCCAUCAUGCUGGAACUGUGCUUUCUCGUCGACAUGGUGCUCAAGACGCGCACGGGGUACAUGGAUUACGGCAACAAGGUGAUGGACAUCGCGGUGAUCCGCCGUCGGUAUCUGCGGUCCACGGCGUUUGCAAUCGACCUUUUGGCCGUGCUCCCGACCAACCUCAUCAACGCCUUCAUCGCUCGCCCCCGGUCCGAAGCGUGGAAUAUCAACAAGUUGGUGCGAUUGUUCAAGCUAUCGUCGCAGAUUGACCACUUGGAACGGCAGUACUUUACCAUCAUCACGCAAAUCCGCGUAGCCAAGCUCGUGUUUUACGUGUACUUGUUGGCGCACUUCGUCGGAUGCAUGUGGUACAACUUUGCCAGCAACGAGUCGUCGAUUCUGAACGUGACCCCCACGACCCAAUUCGGCGCUGACCCGUGGCUCCCUGGCACAGAUAUGGCCACGGCCAACCACACAAAUGUGUUCAAACUCACCAAAGCCCUGUACUGGGGCGUGGGCAUGCUACUCGGGUUUCAACCGGGUGGGUACCCGUCCACGAUCGUCGAGUAUACGUUCACGGGCGUGGUGCAAACGGUGGGGGUGUUCUUGUUGGCAUAUGUCGUGGGCAACCUCUUGGACAUUGUGCAAGUCACGGACGGCAACAGCCGACUGUUCUACAGCAACUUGAACUAUGUGCGCAAGUUGCUGCACUACUUUUCGUUCUCGGACGACGUCCAGGCCAAGAUCCAGUACUUUUAUUUCUACCGGUUGUUUCAUAGCAUCCACGAAGAGCACAUUCUGGUCCAGUGUUUGCCGCCGUCGUUAACCGCCGACAUUCGCAUGUUCCUCCUCACGCCCAUGCUCAACAAGGUGCCGUUCCUCCAGGACAACCUUGCCGGCGCCAGCGUCACACGCAUCCUCGUGAGUCAGAUGUCGCAGAUGCUCGUGACCCGCGACGAGAUCAUUUGCCGGCAGCGCGACGUCGGCCGGGAAAUGUACUUUGUGUUCACGGGGUGCCUCGACGUGUUUAUCUCGACGUCGUCGUCCAUUCGUUUUGAAGGCAACCUCGGCGUCAAAGUGCACGAGAUCAGCGAAGGAUCGUUCUUUGGCGAGAAAGCGCUGUUUUCCAACGAGCCGCGCAACGCCACCAUCAAAGCACGGACGUUUUGCACGCUGUACAAGCUAUCGCUGGCGCAUUUACAGUCGAUCUUUUCGUGGCAUCCCGAGUGGAAGGCCAAGGUGCUGGACAUUGUCAAGUCCUUGUAUGAAGAGCACGCAGCGCGGUUGGAAGUGGUCACGGGCAUCUCAGCCAAGUCCGCCAAAACGGCCACUGCCGCCGUCGAGAGUGUCGGCGACAGAGGCAGCUCGAAACUGCCCCACAUGUCGCCCCCCCUCCUGACCAACGACACUCAUGACACGACAUCCUUGUCUGCCGACGCCAGCAUCGACAACAUACCACCCAUCACCACCCCCACCUUCCUAACUCGACGCAUGUUGAUGACAAUGAAAGACCUCGUCGAGCGCCUUCGCCUCAAGGCCACGCCGUGGUGGAGGCGGUGGGGGCGUCAAUUUUUAUACAUUGAGAUUCAGUCGCCGUUGUACUGCUCGUACUUGACGCUGCUAUGUGUUUCGAUUUUGCACGUGGCCCUCAGUGUGCCCUUCAUGCUCACGGUCGCACACAGCGGGAUCACUGGCUUUGGCUUGGCAUUGAUCAAGACUACCAACGUCCUCGUGGACGUUGUGUUUGCAUAUGACAUUUGGUUCAAACGACAUCUCGUGGAAACGACCACCACGCGCGAGUUCUACGAGCGCAACGACGUCCACCAGACCAGCGUCGCCCUCGACGUGCUGGCCAUCCUUCCCCUCGACUACAUCUCCGAGCCUUUCUUUGACUGGUCCGUUGUCCUUCGGUUCAAUCGGCUCUUGAAGCUGCGGCAGCUCAGCCGCACAAUCAGCGAAAUCCACCGCUUCAGCAUGUCCUACGAGCUCAACCGGCUCAAGCUGCUGGCGUUGUACUACUUUAUUGUCAGCUACUGGACUGCGUGCGCGUACUUUGGUGUGACAUUUGUCGACGGGUUUGCCAGUCAGUGGAACAUGUCGCUGCCCACGGCCGAGUUUGAGAUUCGCGACCGUGAAACGUUCGAGACAGUGUCGCAUCGGAUCUUGCGAUGCUUGUAUUUUGCCGGGGCGUUGUACACGGGGGCCGGCAUCGUGUACGAACCUACGACCAUGUUGCAAUAUGCGCUGCUGCUGAUCAUGUCAGUGUUUGGGGUGUUUGUGAUGGGGUAUGUGAUUGGCGAAGGCUCGAUGCUGUGCAUCUACCUCAUCCAGAAUGAAGUCGACUUCAAGAUCAACCAGAUGAACGUCAUGGAGUUCUUGGCACGGAAGCGGCUGAAUCGGGCGUUGCACGGCCGCGUGCACGGGUACAUGUCGUACUGGUGGACUACGCACCAAGGCGUGGCGUUCCAGUCCAUCUUGGAGCAGCUGCCGCCCAAGAUUCGAUCCCAAGCCAGCCUUCAGAUCGCACGGUUGAGUCUGUCCCGGUUCACGAUGAGGUACCUGCGGCCGCUAUCGAAAGACACUAGGGACCACGACAGUAUCAUUUACAGCUUGGCCCAACGGGUGGUGUUUGAAGGGUACCCCAAGGGCGAAUCUGUCAUUGUGCAGGGCAACUUGGGCCAACACGUGUACUUUGUGUCGAAAGGCGAACUCAUUUCACACUCGACGCAAUCUCAUAUUUUUGUGCCGUCGAGGUACACUGAAGGGCAGUACUUUGGAGAAGAUGGCUUCCUGGGAGGCGCCGUGUGCCAUUGUUCCGUCGUGACCGCGCGUGCAUGCGACCUGCUCUCGCUCUCGGCUGCAGACUUCGUCCUCGCCAUGGAAUCUCAUCCACGGUUUGCGGAAGCCCUGCAGCUCUCUCGGGAUGCCACGGAACAUGUUGCGUACCAAUCCAUGUGCAUCAAGGACGCCGGGGAAGAAGUGGUGAGGCAGACGAUAGAGGAACAGGCGGCGACGUUGGAGCACUUUCAACCCAUGACUGCAGACAAGUGCAGCCUUGUGUUUAAGCAGUUCCUCAAGCUGUUUAUGAACACCCAUGCCGUCAAGUCUGCAGCCAAGCAUGCUACGGGAUCCAAGAACGCCAGGCGGUCCCUCGUAUCGUGUCAAAAGUGUUGGAAGCGGCUUGGCACGGUCCAAUGCAACGAAUGCCAGCUCACGUAUUGCAGCCCAUGCUGCAGCCAAGUUCAUGCUGCCAAGGAACUACGGGGGCACCUUGAGCAUAUCACCACUGCGGAGAUCUUCAACCCUCGAUCCUCGAUACUCAGCGCCCGGAGCAAGGAGAGCGGUAGUACCAGCACAUCCCGUCGGACACAGCAUUUCGAGUCGCGCCACUUGUGA